CUCGUCUUCUGUUCGAGGGCACAUGAUCUUCACGACAGACAUUGAGGCUGACCAUUGACUACGAUCUGGUUAUACGCUGUGUUGCUAGGAACUGCUCCAAAGACACAGAAUAUCUAGGCAGCUUCAGACCCAAAAACAAUCGUUGGAAUUGCAAAAGUUGACUAUUCAGCACGAUUAGCUCGACGGUCAUUGUUGUCACUACUGGGGCGGCGGACCGAGGAACAAGAGAGUGUAGGACUAAACUGCAAGCCACCCAGCACGCCAUCAUGAAUCUCUUUGAAGCAAGUUCACCUGGCAUAGACCGCGACAAUGUUUCUCCCGGGGAUACUGGAGCUUCUGGCCCCUCACAUCCAGGACCCUCGUCGACUGCAAACGAACAUAAGUUGAGUCGCACUCAAUCAUCGACCAGCACCGUUCGGUUCCAGAUGCCAUCACGGUCCAUGUCAUCCUCAAACCGAGACCAGCAACCCUCUCACGAUGAAGUGACACCGAUAAUCCACCAUGAGUGGAGAGACGAGCGCAAUUACGACACUACACAGACCUCAAGGAACGGCGAGGUAGGACAGGCUCACUCUCGAGACGCGCAAGGGACAAGCAAGAGUGGAUCGGACACAGACAGGGCGGAUGACACAAGCACUACACAAGAAGAGCCUGGAAAAGAGCGUGGUGCAUUGUGGUACAAGCGUAUAGCAGAAAAAUACGGUAGUCUCGAGUUGGAUAACAAGGGCAGUGUUGCCAGGGAUCAUCUUGCUCUAGAGCGGACAUUCCUUGCCUGGCUCCGGACGUCUCUCGCAUUCGCUUCCAUCGGUAUUGCGAUCACUCAGCUGUUUCGUCUGAACAGUUCCGUGUCAAGCGGCCACAGCUCGACGACAAAAGACUAUCCCUCUAUCCUGACUCAAUUAAUGUCGCCCCCAUACUACGGCACUUCAAGUGAUGUAUCAACCACCGAUCAGAGCUCUCGCCUACGGAACGUCGGAAAGCCGCUGGGUGCAACUUUUAUUGCCAUUUCAAUCGUGAUCCUCCUCCUAGGCUUCCAUCGCUACUUUGAAAGCCAAUAUUGGAUAGUCCGAGGCAAGUUCCCAGCAAGCAGGGGCAGUGUCGCUCUGCUCUCUUUUAUCACCGCGGCCUUGAUUAUAGCCAGCUUGGUGGUUAUUCUAGCGAUAGCACCCGGGGCGAUAGAGUCAUAACUGGAACAUAAGGGGAAUAGGUUCACCCACAGUUGUACAGUUUGAUACGACUUUGUUUUUUUUCUAUCUAGCAUCAAGCGGGCGUACCUGACGAGAGGUAUAUAGUUAUGCAUGGCGUAUUAUGUAGCCAUCUAUACACCAAUUUGCAAUUUUCAUUCCAUUUUGAUGGUCGAGCCUUUCAUUCUUUAGCUUAUGACUUCCACUCAUAGCCUGUUAUUACCGCUGAACUCAUUAGAGGGGGUUGCUACAGAGAAGGGCGAUGGGAAUUCAUAGAAUACAAGAGGAG